UGCUUAACGUGGCAGAACUUUUAAAUUCAUGUACAGAUCUAUCUAUUGUUGGGAGUAAAAUAAAAAGUAAUUAUUUUACCAAAAAAAAUAUUGAAAAUUUGUUCAAAAUGGCGAAAAGAGAAGAGCAAAAGCCAGUAGAAUUAAUUCCCGAAGUUGUGCUGGACCCCGCCUCGCAAAAGCGCUACGUUCGUGGCAGGUUUCUGGGAAAGGGUGGAUUUGCAAAAUGUUAUGAACUGACUGAUUCAGACACCAAGCAAAUUUAUGCUGGCAAGAUUGUGCCAAAGAGUCUGCUUGUUAAGCAGCACCAAAAAGAAAAGAUGACUCAGGAAAUUAGUAUCCACAAGGGCCUCUCACACAAACACAUCGUUGGCUUUUAUGGAUUCUUUGAAGACAAUGAUAAUGUCUACAUACUGUUGGAGCUAUGUAGAAGACGGUCCCUCAUGGAAUUGCACAAAAGAAGGAAAACUGUGACAGAACCAGAGGCUAGAUAUUUUGUUCACCAGAUAGCACUGGCCUGCGACCACCUCCACCAGAUGCACAUCAUACACAGGGACCUCAAACUCGGCAAUCUCUUCCUAAAUGAUGAUAUGGAAAUCAAAAUUGGAGACUUUGGUCUAGCCACUCGUGUCGAUUUCUCUGGAGAACGCAAAAAAACACUCUGUGGUACACCAAACUACAUUGCUCCCGAGGUCCUUGGUAAGAAAGGUCACAGCUAUGAAGUUGAUGCUUGGUCUCUUGGAUGUAUCUUAUACACCCUGUUGGUUGGCAAGCCUCCAUUUGAGACAUCCAACCUGAAAGACACGUACGCUCGCAUCAAGAGAAAUGAAUAUCACAUCCCUGCAGGCCGAGCCUCCUUGCAGGCCAAAUCUCUAAUUGAGCGGUUGCUUCAGGCAGAUCCAACACAACGACCGUCAAUGCAGCAUGUCCUACGUGAUGAAUUCUUCACAUCAGGUUUCAUGCCUCAUGGCCUGCCAACCAGUUGCCUAUCGACUGCACCUCGAUUUGAUCUUCUGAGAGCAGCUGACAUUGGCAGGAGACCUCUUGCUGAAGUUAAUGAUGGAGGAAAUGCUUUGACGGUUGCACAGUCAACCAUCCAGAAAGAUCAUGAAGGUGGUGGCUUGCUCGUUGAUGAUAAGAACGAUAAGAGACUGAGUGAGGAACCAGCUGACUGCUACCUAUCUGAAUUGCUACACCUACUAUCCAGUGUCACCAAUUCAAAGAACUUCGACAAGCCAAUCUGCAAUGAAGAGGAGGCAGAAGACCCGGCGGCAGUACCUAUAUACUGGGUAUGCAAGUGGGUAGACUACAGUGAUAAGUACGGGCUUGGCUAUCAGCUCUGCGACAACAGUAUCGGUGUGCUCUUCAAUGACUCCAGUCGUAUGCUGCUUGCUAGUAACGGAGAGAACAUGCAGUACAUAGAGAAGGAAGGAUCGGAGCACUUCCACAACAUCAGAGCUUUCCCAGAGACGCUGACCAAGAAAGUAACGCUGUUAAAGUACUUCAAGAAUUAUAUGAAUGAACAUCUAUUGAAGGCAGGUGCCAAUAUAAUGCCCAGGGAAGGUGAUGAGAUGACUCGCCUGCCCUUCCUUAGGACGUGGUUCAGGACCAGGAGCGCCAUCAUCCUUCAUCUCAGCAAUGGAACUUUACAGAUAAACUUCUUCCAAGACCACACAAAAGUAAUCCUCUGCCCGCUCAUGGGAGCUGUCACGUACAUCGACGAGAGGAAAAACUUCAAGACCUACCGACUGCCUCUAAUCGAGAAGUUCGGCUGCAUGAAGGACUUGGCCUCCAGGCUACGUUACGCGCGUACCAUGUGCGAUAAGUUGGUUGCUACGGCCGGAAACCGACCAAACCCUGAUGACAUUAGAUAAUGAAGACGAGGAUGGUGGUGGUGGUGGUGAUGAUGACGAUGGUGGGAAUAGUGAUAAUAACGCCGAUGUAAAUUGAUGGAUGUUGUCAUCAUCGUACUAAUAAGCAUGCCUUUCAUUCGUGUCUAUGCCAUUCUGUAGCUAUCGGUAGUAUGCUUGACGACGACGAUGAUGGUGAUGUACUGUGGGAUGAUUAUGUUGAUAAUGAUAGUAGGAUGAUGAUGAUAAUGAUGAUAAUGAACACGAUAUUAUUUUUUACGAUAAGUUUUCAUUCACUAAGUAAGCGCCGUCUAUUUUUCUUUCUUCAUUUUUGUUAUUUAACAUACGAAUGUUUUCGCCACAAAGUUCUUGACAUUUUUAACAAUGGUGUAUCAUUAUUAUUAUUACAUCAUUAAUGUUAUUUACUAUGAUUAUUGUCUAGUUAUUUAUGUCAAAUUUUUUAUAUUAUUAUUUAAUAUUCAUGACUAUUGCUUCAGGCAUUUUAUUUUCGUUUUUCGUUAUCCUAUCAGGUACAUAACAUGCAAGCAAUUAUAACUCUAUUACUAUUUUAAUAAUAACAACAAUAUACGUUAUUCUUCUUAUUAUUCUUAUUAUUGUCUACCCAUAUUUAAGUUCUUAUGAUUCAAGUAGAUAAUAAUAAUGAUUUUAAAAGUUUUGUUCAACAGAUUUUAUUACAAUAGAUAAACAAAAUAGAUAAGUAGUAUAAUUAAGAUUUACAUAUAAAUUUAAUAUAUUGUUAACAUCCGUGUGUGUGUGUGCGUGCGUAUAUAGCUGCAGUUUACUGAACUGUUUGUAUUUAAUGUGUCCAUUAUUUCAAUAUUUUCUUUCAAAACUGAUAUGCCUCAUAGAGCUAGAGUAACGACAGAAAUUGUAUGAUUAACUGUUUAAUUAUAUUUUUAUACGUCUUCCCCGCCUUCUCAUGUAUAAAUAAAUAAAUGUUAUCUAUGUAACAUGAAUGUGUUGUAUUUUUUGCCUGUGUGUGUGUGUCAAAGCCAUAAAUAUAUAUAUACAUACUUGUGUAUAUUUAUAUAUAUAUAUAUGUAUAUAUAUGGUUAAGGCAUCUUUAACAUAAAGUUAUUGAUUAAAAUAGAAAAAACAUAAAA